AAGAAACUUGUUUAAGAUUAUGGCUUCAAGCUCCGGUAAAGCAACGCAGCCCAGUGGAUCUUGCAAUGGGACUGCAGCAGACUUCUCCAAUGUAGAACAGGAGCUGUACGACUACCAGAUGCACACAAAAAUGUGCAAGAAAAUAGCACAGCUUACAAAGGUCAUCUACUCACUGAACACAAAAAACGAGGAGCACGAGGCGGCGCUGCAGUCGCUGCGCGAAAGCCACCAGGAGGAGCUGCGCAGGGCGACGGAGGAGGCGCAGCAGCGGAGCCGGGGCGAGGGGGAAGAGGCGGGGGAGGUGGAGGCGGAGCUCCGCAAGCGGCUGCAGGCCGCGGAGGACUCCCUGGAGCAGCAGCUGAGGCUGAAGGCCGAGCUGCAGGCCGACUUUGAGGCCUACCGGCAGCAGGUGGACGAGCGGGCCCUGAGGGCGGAGAGGGAGCACUCGGAGCGUGUGCUGGCCGUCUCCGAGGAGGCGCUGGACACCCGGAGGGACCUGGAGAGCCGGUUGCAGGGCCUGGACCGGCUGACGGAGCAGCUGGGGCAGGAGAAGGAGCGCGCCGCGGCCGAGCUGGAGAGGGCCAGGGAGGAGUCCCGCGGCCUGCGGGAGGAGUGUGAGGAGCUGCGCAGGAGCGCGGCCGGCGAGCGGGGCCGCCUGGAGGAGGCGUGCCAGGACCAGAGCCACGCGCUGCGGGCGGAGCUGGAGGCCCUGCGAGAGAAGAAGGCCAGCCUGGAGGAGGCCUUCGAGAGGACGCUGAGGGAGCUGAAGGAGGCACACGGGGAGGAGCAGGAGGCCCUGAGGAGGAGCCUGCAGCAGUCCCUGGCCGACUCGCUGGCGCAGUGGAAGCAGAGGGAGCUGGAGCAGCAGCAGAGCCAGCAGGCCGCGCUGCAGGAGAGGCUGGCGAGGACGGAGGCCGAGCUGGAGGCCGGUGUUCAGAGGCUGAACGAGACCAAGAGGCACUGCCUCAAAGCCCAAGAGAGAAUACAGGACCUGGAGGUGCAGCUGGAGGAGGGCCGGCGCCGGGUGGCGGGGGCGGAGGCCGAGGCGAGGAAAGCAGAGGAGGAGCUGGCCGUGGCCAAAGAGAGGCUGCUGCUGCAGGAGAACGAGCUACUGACCACGUCAGAGGAGCUGUUGAGUCAGUGUUCAUCCCAGAGCAAGGCCUCGGCGGAGGUGGACGAGCUGCGAGCUCAGGUGUGCCAUCUGCAGAAGCAGGUGAAAGACCUGGAGCAGCAGACCAGUGGGAAGACCAGUGACCACGCCCGAGAGGUCAAGCAGCACGUGGAGGCCCUGUCCGCCCAGAGGCAGGAGCUGCAGAGGGCCCAUGCCGAGGAGCUGAGGCGCAUCCGGAGGCAGACGGAGGAGGAGAGGGGCCGGCUGAAGGAGCACCUGAGGAAGAGGCUGGAGGAGGUGAUGAAGAAGCAUGCCGGCGAGCUGAGGAGCGCGCAGGCCGCCGUCGACGCCGAGAGGAAGAAGGCGCAGAGGGAUCUGCAGACGCAGGCUGACGAACUGAAGCGGAGGAGUGAGGAGGAACGCAGGGAGCUGGAGGAGGAGAGGGAGGAGCUCCAGAGGAGGCUGCAGGAGUCUGUCAGCGAGAUUUCCCGGCUGGAGAGUGCGAUCCAGCAAGGCCAGGCUGCCCAGGGCGGGGCGACGCCGGGGGCUCGUCUGCCCUGCAGCACGCGCCCCGACGCGGUGAGGGAGGAGCUGGAGCUGCGUGCCGCCGGUCAGGCCCAGGUACGGCUGCCACCGUCCGUCUCCCCCGCCCCCGCUGCAGUGCAGAGACUCCGCCCGAGCCCCGCGCCCCUCACCGGGACAGAAAAGCUGCUGUUAUCAGCUCAUAUGGCGCUCUCACUCAACCCGGGCGAGAGGAGAGCCAGCAAAGACCAGUCAGACAGCGCUGCUGGUGCUUUCUCUCUCAAGGACCUGCUCAAAUGGUACAGUACACCACGAAUCAGAUUUCACUCUUUCUUCCAGGAAGACCUUGAGCUGCUGAAAGAGAAACACCAAGAAGAGAUUUCAGCUAUGAAGAGGGAAAAACAGACCCUGGAAGACAGAAUUUUAGAACAGGCCCAGAAAAACCUAGAUGAAAAAAAGAGGUCGGAGAGCGAGAGCGAAUUCGUGCGGCAGGAGCUCACUCAGCAGCACCUCUCUGCGCUGUCCCGCUUACGGAGGGACAAGGACGCCGAAAUCAAGGAGAUGAAGGAGAGUUUUCAGAGGAAAAUAGAUGCCCUGCAGUCACAGCUGAAGCAGGAGGAGAAGAGGAUUGAUUCUGGCACCGACGUCAGGCACAAAGGGGAGUUUCACACCAGUGUGGAGAGAGAGAGCCUGGAGCAGGAAAUUGAGAAAACCAUGAAACUCAACCACAGCCUGAGGGCACAGCUGCAGUCCACCAUUCAAGAGAAAGAGCAGUUGAUGCAACACCAAGACUUUAAGGAGAUGGAGGAGCGCCUGUGGCUGCAGUACGAGGAGGCGCUGCGGGAGGAGUGGCACAGCCACCAGCAGGCCCUGCGCGCCCUGGAGGAGCGGGCGCAGGAGGAGGUGCAGGCCGAGAGGCACCGGCAGCAGGCGCAGCAGAAACUCCUUCUGGACAGACAGAAGGCAGAGCUGACCCAACAGCAUGCAGACUGGUGCAGACAGAUGACACAGAGGCAUAUGCAGCAGAUCGAGGACUUGCAGGCAGAGCUGCGCACUCACACAGAGCUUGUGGCUCUACAGCAGGACUUUAAGCAGCAGAACCAGGCCCAGGCCUUCGAGAGGCAGCUGGAGGAGAGCCGCGUGGAGGUCGCAGGGCUCAGGAGGGAGAACAGCGAGCUGAAGGAACAGCUGGCCACCCUGCGCUCCCAGGUGGAGUCCAAGACCCAGGAGCUGUACCGGCUGCAGGACCCGGAGCAGCACCAGAGUACUUCUGUUCCGUCUCUCAGGUGCUGGGAUGAAGGAGUGAUGAACAGGCAGCACAUGGAGGUGGAGAACCUGAAGAGGGAGCACAGAAAGGAGAUUCAGACCAUCGUCUCCGACUUCAGCAGCGCCCAGACCCGACUGCAAGCAAGAAUCGUCGCCUUGGAAACAGAAUUAAGGGAAAAAGAAGAACAAUCCAAGAGAAGAGAAUCCAGAAUCGAGGACCUGCAGGUCAUCGGGAUGCUCCAGGACAAGCUGAGUGAGAGAGACCAAGUCAUUAAGCGACUUGUGGAGGAGAGACAUCACCUCCACCAGCAUCCACUAGUAACCAGUGAUAGCACCACUCUGAAAGCCUAUGAGAACAGGCCACAACCUGGGAGCUUAACUCCAACAAUGAGGAAAAAGAGGAUAGACGACAUGCCGCCUCGUGUCACCAGCGUCCCGAACCUCAGCUCGUUCGAAAAGAGCUUCCUGGGGCCGGAGACGGCAGCGGGGGUCCGCUCCCCGCAGGCCGUGAAGUCCCCCAGCUUCGAGCACGGCAGGACCACCCCCCGAACCGGCACGCCCACCACUCCGGUCCCCGAGCCCCGGCAGGCGGUGAGGUACAGCCAAGCAUCGCCCUCCGAGGACCUACACCAGAGCCUCAACUGCUACAGCCAGCCUGCCAGGACCCCUAUAGAACAGAGAGUCCUUGAACCCGGGACGGAAGCUCAAGACCCCCAGCGACAGGAAUGGUUCACCAAAUACUUCUCCUUCUGAGGAUGCACCAUCUGACUCACGCAGUCGCCUCAAAACCCAGACACACACACACUAUCAGACAGACAGUCGAGUCAUAUUCAUGC